UAUCUAGCUCAUUGCUGUGUGAUGAUAGUAGCAUGGAGAGUGUUUUCUGUAAGAAUGCAUGAACUAAAGGUAAAGUUCCAGGUGUGGAAUGGAGGCAAGUGGGGUAGGCAAAAUUCACAGUUAAAAGACUAUAACGAGUUUUCCAAAUUAUUGAGUUUAGUGUUUAAUAAUUUCUUAUAGUUUCUCAGAUGUUGACAUGUAAUAUGUAAAAUAUUAGCUUAGAGAUUGCCUGGUCCCCUCCCCGCUGUAUUCCAUCUCUUUUCCAUUUUAUAAAUGAGGAAACAAGUCCAAAUGGUUAAGAGCCUUGCCCAAAUUAUUAUAGCUGGUUAGUGGCAGAACCAGGACUGUAAUCCAGGUGUUUGGACUUAGAAGCAGUAUUCAUCCUACUCAAGGAAAUGAUAUCCUUAAGAAAGUACAAAUUGUUGAACAAAAUUAGUUCCUUAGUUGCAUAAUUUUUCCUUUAAAGGGUUUUCUUUGAUGUUCUUGACUCAAAAUCCAACUUUCUGGUAUUUAAAAAGAAAUCAAGAUGAAAAUUAAUAGAUGGAGCACCUUAAAAGCAUAAUACAGUUGACUUUGUAAUUAGCAGAGUUGAAAGUGAUGGGAAGAUCUUUAAUUUUCUUUGUACCUGCAGGAAGGUGGGAGUCAAUCAUUUUGACAAGUCUCCUGAAAGGAACAGCUAGCAGGAGCUGAAACCCUUUUCCAUUCGGUCUCAUGACAAAGGCAGAGAUCAAACCAGCAGCUCCACACAAUAUGAUGUGCUCACUAGUGCCCUCUAGGGCUUCCUUGGAUGAGGAUGUAUUGGAUGACACCUUGCUGGACCCAAGUGAAGGAGAAGAAGAUGAUGGCCUUUUCAGUGUCACUGAGGAAGAGGAGGAGGAAUUAUUGAAGUCAGAUGAGGAGGAAGAGGAGGUGAAGUUACUGAAGGCAGAUAAGGACAAGGAAAAUUUAUUGGAUAGCUGUGGACCAGUAGCUGAGACUCCUGGCCUCUCCAAAGUACCUCAACUAAAUAUAUCAGUUGGUCAGGGACCAACUCCUGCAAAACCAUUAAACAGACCCUUUGCAUUAGAAAAGAAUCAUGUAAAGUUAACAGUUGUUGCACCAUUUAAUCCAACAGUUUGUGAUGUUGUGCUUGAUAAGGACAAGACUGAUACAUCCAAAGAUGUUGAAAAACCCUCCUCCCUCGGAGAAGAGAUGAGAGAAGAUGGUGUUAGCCCAAAUAAGAACAAACUUUGCACUAAUUCUGAAGGGAUCAUUCCCAAUAACUCUGCCUGGGAUGGUCCCCAACUCCCUUCUCCUUCAAAUAAUAACUUUAAACAAACUGUCCCUGAUAAAAGUAUGCCUGAUAGUAAGAAACCUACACCUGUGUGCUCUCAAAUCUUGGACCAUUCAGAGACUCCUCAUACAGGGUCGUCCUCAAAAAAUGGAUCACAUAAAUCAAGUUGUGAAGUGAGGUUUCCAGUUGUUUCCAGUUCAUCGAACAAAGAUGUUGUUGACAAGGAUUCUGGGAAGCUGAAAGUCCCUGAGAGAGUAGGCAAAGUCAUUCCUGUUCUGCAAUCCAAAACAAGGACUAAUGUUCCGACAUUUUCACAAUCAGAUCUAGAACGAAAGAAGCAAACUUACGUCAGGAGUGUCUUUGCUCAUAUAAAAAACUCAGUGGACUCUAACCAAGGUGCCUUGGUGGAACUGUGUUCUUUGAUGGAUCAAGUUCAUCAUAGGCAUAACCAUUCGCAUCCUUCGGACCUCACCAUUCGGAACUAUGCCCGUCUCCGACAGAAACCUUUGGAAAGAUACAGUCUGACUGAGUGGGUUGACAGGAAUAAGCGAAGCCACCAGCGGUUCCAGAGUCUCUAAGAUACCCAGUACAGUGUGUCUGUCACAUCCCAUCAAUGGUGAAAGUCCCUGUCCAGGGUCCUGUCCGGAGCAGCAGCUCAUCUUCUCCUGCCGUUCUGUGCUUUGCAGAUUUUGAAUUUUAUUUUUCACAAUAUUUUUAUUUAAAGAACUUGUCAUCUUUUGGAAAUACCCACUGCUGACUUGAAUUUUUUGUAUAAAGUUCGUGUGUGUGUGUGUGUGUGUGUGUGUGUGUGUGUGUGUGUGUUUAAACAGUGUUUAGUUGAUAAAGUUUUUAUUUUUUUCUUUAAAUUGAAGGCGGCCGCCUCCUGAAAGCCAACAGUAAGCCAAAACACCCUGGCUUAAGCAAAACGCCCACCUUCGUGCAGAAGUAAACUUUACUGGUGCCCAAAAGAAAUCAUCUUUUAAUCUCUAAGGAAGAGAUUUUUUAUCAGGCUGCAAAGCUAGUGUUAAUUAUUGCUUAUGACAUGUAAAUGGCAACGAGUCACUUUUAACAACUCCUUUUUUUUUUUUGUUUUAAUCUCUAAAUACCUGUCAAAAUUUUAAAGUUGGUUAUCCAAGAUGUUUGAAGUAGGAUGGGGCAGGACAAAAGCCCUGUUGAAAGAACAACAGGACUUUUUAUUAAAAGUGCAAAUCUUCUCUCCUUUUUGUACCUACUAUCUGCCUUUAUUUUUUUGGCUUUUAUUUAAUUCAUCAAAUUUACUUUGCACAAUAGUGUUUGCAAAUCUUAUACAUCUUAACUGACAGAAGACUGCUGACCAACCCACGUUGAUCUGUGGUCUUGUAGCUGUCUCCUCUGCCUUUCUUCAAGGAUUUUCCUUUUUUCCCCGUUGACCACUGUGCUCUAGGGUCUGACUGGCAUACACUCCUGUUAAACAUGGACGUGCCUCUUAAGAACAGUCUCCCUACUCUCUUUAUUGAAGAGCUGCUCGUCUAGGGUCUUGACUUCAGGACAGGCCAGGAAGCCAGUGCCAUUGAGGUGUCAAUGGGUCUUCCACUUUGUCUGCUGAACCCUAACUUGAAGUAUGAGGUCAUGUGUUAGUGAGCCUCCCUCCUAUGAGAGCAACUUUGGAGAGGCACUCCUUUGUCUCCAUUAUUAGUCAGCAAAACGUGCCUUUAGACCUUGGAUGUUAUCUACUUAUUUGGUCAAACCUCUGAAACAUCACAUGAUGUUUGGUGGGAUGUUACAUAUUCCGGUAAAGGGGUGAAUUAGAGACCUUAAAAGUGAAUUCUAGAGGAGGCCCAUACUGAAAAGCUAGUGCUCAAGGGGACAGGAUUAGGAGAAAAGGGCUCCUGCCCCCAAAGAAACACUCCGCAGUCCUUCCCCAGCAAGUUCCACAAAGCUGCUGAAGUGGGUCUAAUCAAGCUGUGAGUAAGCCUAUACACAAAAGCAUUACCUGACCUUAAGUAUUUCCUGCUCUAACACAAGUUGACCAACUUUGUGCAGCCAUCUUAAUGCAUGCCUUAGCAGUUUGCUAUUCCUGCUUUACAGACAUCUCUAGACAUCU